CGGAGUUCCCGUUAAAUCUCCAGCCAGGAUCACCUCACACGAGAAGGAGGAAAGCAGCUACUCUUCCUGCCCGCCGUUUAAAAAAAGACUGAGCCAGAUUAACCAAUAUUUCUUUGCCUUUAUCUGCUCUGUAGAGACACCGCAACAUGUCUUUCUGUCAGUUUUUUGGCGGUGAGAUCUACAAGGAUCAUUUCAAACCAGGUAUGUAUGUGUGCUCCAAGUGUAACCAUCCCCUGUUCUCCAGUCGGUCCAAGUUCGCCCACUCGUCUCCUUGGCCAGCUUUCACAGACACAAUCAGAGAGGACAGUGUCACCAAGAUGAUGGAGACUCUCACUGCCUACAAGGUUCUGUGUGGCAAGUGUGGCAACGGGCUGGGCCAUGAGUUUGUGAAUGACGGUCCAGAAGAGGGAGUCUCACGUUUUUGAAUAUUCAGCCACUCGCUCAAGUUUGUCCCCAGCAAAGGAAAGGACAAACAGUAAAGAGCGAGGUAUGAGUUUUCACUCCAGCUGCUGUAUCUGCUGCUCGGUCCAGGACGUGUGAACAGGUCGGGUCAGCGGAUGAUGUGGACAGGAGAAAGGCCUCGGGAGGGACGUCCUGUCCACUGAAGAAUCUUUGACCAGCCUGUGACACCUCUGCAAAUAUUCCUUUACAAAACUUUGUCAUAUUUCUUGAAUACCUCAUGAUUAUUAUUAUGUAUCUCUUAAUAAAAAUGUAUCAGUAGAUGCAUGUCUUUGUAGCAACAAAUUAGCCUUACAACAGUUCAAAAUAUUUAUCAGGCACUCGCCAGUUAUUGCUGCUAUUGUUUUCACUUUAAUUUACAUCAUACUGCCUGUAUCAUUUACCUCCCCAAGGUAAAUGUAACCACAUUAUCUAUGCACUGGAGAAACCCAUUGUUCUAGUCAGUCUGCACUUUUGUUAUCUGUUCUAUUUUGAAAAUACACAGUAGCAAAGAAACUGUUCAUACUACUGUAUGGAUCAGAUGCAUUUCAGCUCCUUACAUGAACUGUAAGCUUCUAUAUUUUUGCCUGAGCAAAGAAGCAGAAUACUACAUCUCUCAGAACAUUUGUGCAUUUGCAUUCAAUUUUGAAAAACUCAGAUCAGAGUCAAAAGUGUAGCGGAAAUAUAAUGGAAGUUUUUAAUUUAUCCUCCAUGGUGAUAGUAUAUUGAAACUCAUAUAAAGGAACAAACAAUAAAUUAUAGUUUGAUA